CUUGCGCGCGCGCACACACACUCACCUCGCAAGAAGAGACGUCGUCGCUGCAACCAAGCAGCCAACAAGUGCAGCAAGCAAGCAAGGAGCAACAGCGGAUACAGACCAGCCAUGCCAACAAGAAGAAGCAAAGCUGCUGCUGCGGUGCGUUGGGUGUUUUGGUUUGGCUGAAUGGAAUGCUGUGUGUGUGUUGACAUUUGCUUCGCCACUUCGCUCCUUGCUUCGCCAUCUUCGCUACUCCGCUGUCCUUCCCCUUCGUCAGCCAAAGGCCACGCCCUGUUGCUACUCUUUGUGCUGUCGUAAAACAAAACAGGAGUAUGGACGAUUCGCCGUAUUUUCAUUGGUUUGUCGGGUCCGAUCCAACGCCCACACACUUGCGCUCUCGCUUGCUUUUGCUUGGCCUUUGCUUCUUGGUGUUUGUUUGAGGUGGUGCGGUGCGGUGUGGCAACAACGUCGACGAACGAAGGGUCAAGGAAGUAUAACAGGAGGGAAGGAGGAAGAACAUGUCAGAGUCCGAGGAGGACGGCAGCUACUACUACUCCUCAUCAGGGGACGAGGAAGACGAUGAGUCUGAUGACGAGUUCGUGUCUGCCUGCAGCGAGCUGAGCAGUGAUGAAGAAACCAACGUCAUGUGGGACGCCCUGGUGAAGGAGCGCACAUUCCCCCACGCAUCGUCGUCAACAACGCGCAGCCCCAACAGCAGCAAAAAGGGCCACGGCGGUGCUGACGGUGGCAGCAAUGAUGCCGGUGAGGAAGGCACAGGCGAGCAGGACGACGACGACGACGACUUGGUCCACGAAGACUUUGCUGUGCCUUGCCAAGGCGGCGUGCAGCUGACACCGAGCCUCAUUCUGUCAAGCAUACAACGACAGCAACAACAACAACAACAACAACAACAACAACAACAACAACAACAACAACAACAACAACAACAACAACAACAACAGCAACAACAGCAACAACAGCAGCAGCAGCAGCAGCGACAGCAGCAGCAGCAGCAACAACAGCAGCAGCAGCAGCAGCAGCAGGAUGGCCGUGGGAGCGACGGCGAAGGCCCCAUCCUUGGCUGCGAUCCGCUGUCGCCAACCACAACCUGGGUGUACGACGACGCCACACCGGUCAAGCGGCGGCCAUCGCAGGUGCUGGUGGAGGAGGCGCGGAACAGCGCAGAAAUCGCCGACAACGGCGCCGUGGAAGACAUUGACAUUGCGUCGCUCACGGUCUCACCCAGCGAUGUGGCCACCAAGACACAGGCGCCUGCUGCGCCGACACACGCCGAAGCACGUGCAAGCCAUCACGCGUCCGCAGACAGCCCUGCCACAGCCACACCAUCAACGCCAGCAACCGCACCAACAGCGUCAGCAUCAGCGGCAAUCAAGGUGCCGGCCAGGACGAAACGCGCCGCCGUCAAAGCCGCGCAGGGCGCAUCGAGGACAUUACCAUCGUCAUCGCCGCCACCGCCCGUUGCUCCUCCGCGGCGGCGGCGCAAGAAGCAGUCAGCUGCACCAGCAGCAACACCGCAGGCACCACCACCACCACCAUCAUCAGCAGCACCGCAGUCACAACAGAACACACCAAGCCACCAGUCUCAAUCACAGCCACAGCAGGGCAACAAACAGCAACAACAACAACAGCAACAACAGAGUGGUGACUCUGCCCUCUCCAGUGAGGAGAGCACACAGGCGAUCGUGCAUCUGGAGAACAGCAACGCUGGCACCGGCACUGGUACCGGCAGCGAUGGUCAUGGGGAUGGUCAUGGAUAUGGUGGGCACUUGAUGCGCACACCACCCAUGUCACCGACAAACUUUCCCGGGCUCAAGGACGGCCUGACAGAUGAUGAGAUUCUGAAGCGCGUGCAGGUCAAGUGCCUGGACACUGGCGAAGUGAUUGCGCUCUCCGAUGCAGAGCGACUUUUGCCUGCAGGCAUUUCCCCGCUCUCUGUGCAGAUGAUGCGGCGAACCAACGACUACCCGACACAGCCGGCGUCGCCAACACAGCACAGCCAUCACCACAAGCAGAAGCAGAAGCGUUCAAAGCGCCGGCGCCGCCGCCUUCGCUCCAGACCAGCCAACACGGCCGAGGGCAGCGCUGGUGGUGAUGGUGGUCCCCGUGCUCACGAUGGCGCUGAUCGUGACCACAGCGGCAAGGGCGAUGGCAACAGUGCGGAUACGAGCGUGCACACGGCUGUGAUGGGCCGCGGCAAGAGUGCGCCUGUCAGCGGCCACGUGUCCCCCACGUCGCCAUCGUCGUCAUCAGCACACGAGCAGCACCGCGGGUCAACGGGCCUCACCACUGCGCUGGCGUCGACACUCAGUCGCAUCCGUUCCCGCGCUGCCGUCCGCGCUCGCCUGACUGGAAAGAAGGGCGACAGGACCCGACCUGAUGUUGGUGAUCGCGGUGAUGCUGGUGCUGAUGAUGGUGGUGAAGGUGAAGGUGAAGGAGGUGGUGAUGGUGCUGGUGUUGGUGUUGGUGCUGGUGUUGGUGUUGGUGUUGGUGAUAACAGUGGCAGUAGCGGCGGUGGCCGUGACGAGAUGUCGCGUGGUGCUGGUGGCGAUGACGAAGGUGUUUCCCAUUCCAGCAGUGAGCAGCAGGCUGAUACUGCGCACGCACCAACACCACAUGCAACGACCACAGACGCAACCGGGGACUCAGAUUCACAACAACAACAACAACAACAACAACAGUCGGCGUCAGCAACGUUGUCGUCCGUGUCCACGGCUGCGCGCGCGCGUGUGUCGCGCUUCAUUGCUCGCGCGAGAGAAUUCACAAUUACACACACGCGCGGGCGGCACGAUGGCGAUGAUGGCGAUGAUGGCGAGGGUGUGUUUGGCGGCGGCAAAGACACGGUGUUCCGUGUGCGCGGCAACGUGAGCAAGGACAGGCCACGUGUGUUCACCAACAUGCAUCUUGUGCAGCGCAUCAAGGGCCACCACUCCGGACAGGUGUGGGCCAUGAAGUUCUCCGCGUGCGAGCGCAUGCUGGCAACGGCCGGUAAGGACCGCGUCGUGCGCGUGUGGGCGCGCAAGGAGGCGUUUGCGGAAUUGCAUCAGUCCCUGAUUGACAGUCGUGGGGAUCCUGCUUACGCAACACGCGAGAUCCGGGAGCCAAGCGAGACGGACGUGCUGCACCCAACCCCGCUGUGCGAGUUUUAUGGGCACACGGGCGACAUUCUGGACCUGUGCUGGACGCCUGCCAAGGGCAACUCAGCGCUGCUGUCGUCAUCCAUGGACAUGACAGUUCGCCUGUGGCAUCUUCUGAAGAAGGAGUGCUUGAUUGUCUUCCAGCACCACGACUUUGUCACCGCCCUCGCGUUCCACCCACAGAACGAGCUGUACUUCAUGUCCGGGUCCAUGGACUCGAAGGUGCGCAUGUGGAACAUCGAGAAGCAGCAGAUGAUCAUGGAGAAGGAAAUCAUCCCAGAAGUGCGCAGCAACAGCAAUUCGUUUGUGACGGCUGCGGUCUUCAUCAACGACGGGCGACACAUUGUGGCCGGCACGUACGACGGCAGAUGCGUCUUCCUCGACACCGCAAACAAGUUGCGCUAUCACACUGCGCUGCACAUUCAAAAGAAGGGCAACAAGAUUGGGGCGAAGGUGAGCGGGCUGGAUGUGUCGCCAGACGGCUCGCUGCUGCUCGUCUCCUCAAACGACAGCCGCAUCCGCAUCUUCGACCUCAAGGACUACUCCCGCGUGUGCAAGUUCCAGGGCUAUUACAACUCCUCCAGCCUCAUUCGCGCAGUCUUCAGUCCCGAAGCAAAGUACAUUGUUGCCGGAUCAGAGAACCGCCGCGUGUACAUGUGGGAAACAGUCAGGACAUUUCCGCCGCACGCAAAGCGUGUGCAGCGCGACAAGAACCCUGAGCACUACUCAUUUGCAGGCCACUCUGCUGCAGUGACACAGGCGAUUGCAACGCCGCAGGACUGUGCAGACAGCUUUGGGGCGCGUCUUGGCGUGGUCUCUGCCGACGCCAUGGGCGAACUCCGUGUCUUCUUCCACAUGAAGCACCAAGCAGGCGUCGAGUGAUGCAGUGGUGUGACAACCAGGUGUCCGUUGGCUUCGUGUGCGCGCUGUGUACAGCGCUGUGUUGUUGUUGUGGGCAUUGCCGUGGUGCUGUUGUGUGCGCAACGUGUAACUUGCAGGUGAAAUAUGUGUCUUAGUCCAUCUGCCGUUUCGCUUCGUUGAUAGCCAGGCUAGCUUGUUGCCUGCCCGAUCCGUUUUCGCUGUGGUGCUCUGCUGCUGCUGCUGCUGCUGCUGCUGUUUACUUAAGUUGUUGUUGUUAUUGUUGUUGUUGUUGUUGUUGUAGUUGUAGUUGUUGUUGUUGUCGUU